GUUCAUGGCGCCUGGCCGGAACUGAGGCGCAUGCACGUCAAUUGUAGUUGAUUUCUAGCGAGUUUCGGAUAAGAAAGGCAUUGUUGAUGCCGUCCGUCGCGCCUCCGCGGCGUGAUGUGAUCCGACCAGAUUGUGGUCCGCCCCUUUUUUCCCGCUCUCAUUUCGUCUCGUCUGAUUUCAAUGUCCCGGUUGUGCAAGAGACUAUUGUGGAAACAAGGCAGGCUCGGUUGUCAGGCCAGUGGGCGAGACAGAAAGCGAGCGCGCACGCAGGCCGCGGAUGGCUCAGAUACUCAACGCAACUAGUGGCCCUCUGCAGCUGCACGAAUGCUGAGGGUGGUCGAAUGAGCGGGCGUGCAUGCCGACCUCAGGCUUCGGAGGGUCCUGCAGCUGAGGGAUGGUUGAUCGGCUCCGUUCAGUCGCAGACUCGCAGUCACCACCGGUCGGUGGCUCGCAGACAGACAGACAGACAGUCGAGUCGGAGUCGUAUCUCGGUCGCUGGCUCGUGCAGGCAACGAGAGCACGCUGCAACCACUCAGCUUAUCCCAUCGAUAUGAUUUUCAUCACGACCUUAAUGGCCGCCCAUUAACACUGGCUAUCCGCUGUGGCUUGCAUCCCCGGUGGCAAAUCAGACACCAGUCCAAUCGAUGGAAGGUCUGGAAACGAAUUGAGUUGUGCGAUGAGAGAGGGGAGGCCGUGGACAGGGGGGAGAGGGGGGUGCCCCUGCCGUGCGGUGAGUCGAGACAUGAUAAGACCGGCCGGAGGGUGAGACAAGCGCCCGUCGAUACUCUGUCUGUCGAGUGAUUCAAUCGAGGGUAGAUAGAGUGUAGGAUGUAGGAGGUCAGAAGAGGUCCGUGACCUGAUGGCAUCUCAGCGUCGCGGAUGAGGACGGUCCGUCGAGACUUCUGCGCGCCGCCAUGGGGGCGAAACAACAUCGAUACAUCAGAAGUAG